GAGACUUCGCUGCUUAUUUUCUGUGGGCUCUCCUGUUUUUUUUGCUCUCCACAGAUUUACAGUUUUUACCUCCUUUUUCCAGAUUUGAUCACCCCUCUGUGUUUCCCCUUCUGCCACUCUUUCUGUACUGAUUUAGAGGAAUGCAGCAUGAGGCGAGCUUUUUGGCUGUUGAUAGUCGCGACUCUGCUUCGAGGAUCAGUGCCGGGUCCACAUCAGCGCUUUCUUCUCAAGGAGCUGCUGAGAGACUACAACCCCAUGGAAAGACCGGUGGCCAACGACUCCCACGCUCUCACUGUCCAGUUCUCCUUCACGCUUAUUCAAGUCAUGGAUGUGGAUGAGAAGAGCCAGAUCCUCACCACAAACGCCUGGCUGCAGAUGCAGUGGUACGACCACUAUCUGCAGUGGAACCAGUCCGAGUAUCCCGGAGUCAAGAACCUCCGUUUCACCCCGGACCAGGUUUGGACUCCUGACAUUUUGCUGUACAACAGUGCUCACGAUAAGUUUGACGCCACCUUUAAGACCAAUGUUCUGGUCAACUCCAGUGGCUUCUGUGAGUACCUACCUCCAGGAAUAUUUGUCAGCACUUGUAAUGUGGACGUGAGAUGGUUUCCGUUUGACAUCCAGCGCUGCGAGCUGAAGUUUGGCUCUUGGACGUUUGACGGCUGGCUGCUGGACAUCCAGAUGAAGGAGGCAGACGUGACGGGCUACAUGCCCAACGGAGAGUGGGACCUUCUGGAGGUCCCUGGAGAUCGUCAUGAGGUUUUCUACGACUGCUGUGCAGAACCUUACCCCGACGUGACGUUUGUGGUGACGCUGCGAAGGAGAACCCUGUUCUAUGCUCUCAACCUCCUGAUCCCGUGUGUGCUCCUCUCCUCCAUGACCCUGCUGGUCUUCCUGCUCCCCGCCAACUCCGGGGAGAAGAUCAGCCUUGGCAUCACCGUUCUGCUCUCGUUGACCGUCUUCAUGCUGAUGGUUGCAGAGAUCAUGCCCGCCACCUCUGAUUCAGUUCCUCUGAUUGGUCAGUACUUUGCCAGCACCAUGGUGAUCGUUGGGAUGUCGGUGGUGGCCACGGUCAUCGUCCUUCAGUUCCAUCACCACAGUCUCAACAACGGGCAGAUGCCACACUGGGUCCACCUGGUUCUGCUGCAGUGGGUCCCUUGGUUUCUGCGUAUGAAGCGUCCAGGUGAGGGAGCAGAGCCAACCCUUUCCAACAGCCAAGCAGGCUCUCGGAGCAAGACCCUAUCCUCUCCUACCACCACCACCACCACCACCACCACCACCAUCCCCACCCCAGGGCCAUCUAUCCUGCCCCAGAGUCUCAGCUCCCUGCAGGCCAGCCUGGCUCAGCUCAACUACCCACUGUCUCACCGACCCAACUCCCAGGCUAACGUCCUCCCUAACACAGGCCACAGAGACGCCAACCCAAACCCACACCUGCAGCCUAACGGCCAUCUGCCUCACAUGGGCUUUCAAACCUUCCAGACCACUGCAGAACUGGAAGCAGUCCAGGGGUGCAGAACCGCCAGCCGUGGGAGGAAUAACAGAGGGGAAGCUGAUGAAGGAGCAGCAGUGGGAGGGGGAACAGUUGGAGAUGUACCGACUCAUCAACACCUCCAGACGUCUAAGUUUGGGAACCCCCCACUGGAAACUCUUGCAUCCCUGGAUCCCGACCCUUCCAAUGCAGCCUCUGGACCCUGUGGCUUGGAGUCAGAGGGAGGGAGGUCAGCACCUCUGCACGCCCAUAGCGGAACGAUUCGCUCUGUUGCCGUGGACAACCAGCUACAGGCUCUCCUGGCAGAGGUGCAGUUCUUGGUGGAGCGCGUGCGCGAACAGGACCGCCAGCUAAACAUGGCGGAGCAGUGGCAGUUUGCUGCAGCCGUCAUCGACCGCCUGUGCCUGGUUGGAUUCAGUGUUUUUAACAUCAUCUGCACCAUCGCCAUCCUCAUGGCGGCGCCCAACUUUGGAAUAGCACUGUCAAAAGACUUCCUCUGAGAGGUAAAGAAAACAAAACUGAUCUGACUUCAGAAGGAUGACAUGAUGGAAGCACAAUAAAUGACAUCUGACAAGCUGGAGUCAGCUGUGAACAAUGAGUCAGAGACAUUUCUCUUCAUUUUAGGACGGAAACGACUCCCGUCAGCAACGAGUGACGGGAAAGAAGAUCGCAGUUUUUCUAAGUUUAGCAUUUCCAUAAUAAAUCAGUUUUAAAGUUCAGGAGAAAAUCUGAUUUCAAUGAUUGUAUUUAACAGGUUUUCCAGCUUUUUUAAAGUGCACUCAAAGGUGCAUUUAUUAGCAGCGUGCAUAAAGAAAAUCUAACGUUUGUUUUAAAAGCGAUUGAAUAAAAAGUGACAAAUAGGAGCUAAUGUGAGAGUUACAACCGGAAUAAAGACCCAGUGAAGAUUUUAGAAGAUGUUAUGUUUUUAAUUUUCUGAAGUUGCAUCUUCAUGAUACAAUUACAGUAAUUAGCUUUCUGUUUUUUUCCAUAUUACAUUCAAUGCCGAUCUUUGAUUGGCUCCUCCCCUGCCGAUAAUCUUAAAGUGCAAGUCACCCUCUACCAGAGUAUUACUCCGCUCCCACUUCCUGUUUGAAAAAUGCAACAAAUGCUGUUGCCUAGCAGACCGAGAGGGCGGAGUCGCUAACAAAUACACACACACACAGGCUCACAACGACACUGUGACAUCAUAUGGUACCAGCUAACAUUCUAGGGUACCUCUUAGCCAAUAGUGUUGGCAGAUUUAAAUUCAAAUGCAGUGCAGAGUUUUUACCUGACAACGGCACAACACUGACAGUUUUAGGCAGAAAUUUUUAAUUUGAACUAAAAUGCACUAAAGUGCAAAACUAUUGACUACACGUGUCUGCAGCACGAUUAGACAUGCAGUUAUGUAGUUUAUCAGAAAAAAAGGUAAGUCACCCCCAAAUCACAUUUUUUUUUGCUGAUAAACAAUAUAAAGGAGUGUCUAAUCGUGCUACAGACACGUGUAGUCAAUAAUUUGGCAGUUCAGUGCAUCUUGGUUAAAAUUCAAAUAUUCUGCCCAAAACUGGCAGUGUUGCGCCGUCGUCAGGGAAAAACUCUGCACUGUAUUUGAAUUUAAAUCUGCCACCGCUAUUGGC